AUGGUCGUCACCGAGCAGCACACUGCGUACAGCUACAACACAUUCAACAUGUCCACCCAGGAUCCCACUACAUCGCCGCCGCCAAUCCAUGUCGCGACAGUGAACGUGCGAUACGAUGGCCGUCGUAACAACCCAGUCCCUAUCCCACCGUUGGGGGCUGUGGAUGCUCCCCGCCGUAGGCCCGGAGAGAGCCCCUACCGCGAGCAGCCGUGGGCGGUGCGCCGCAGCAGGCUGGUCGACGCACUCUUGUCGACCGGCGAGCUCGACAUUGUCGGCUUCCAGGAGGUGUACUACUCUCAACUGCUCGACCUCGGUGCUCUCCUCGGACCCAGGUUUGCCAAUGUCGGCGUUGGCCGCGAUGACGGCAAGCGUGCCGGCGAGUACAGCCCCAUCUUCUAUGACAAGGACCGGUUUGAACUCGUCGACUGGAAGACGGUGUGGUUGUCCAAGACACCAGAUGUCCCCGGCUCGGUCGGCUGGGAUGCAAGCCAGACACGUAUCGCAACUUUGCUCAGUCUCAAGGACCGUCGCGGUGGCACAUUUGUCCACGCCGUGUGCACCCAUUAUGAUGAUCAAGGUGUUCGUGCUCGUGGCGAGAGCAGUCUGCUCAUCCGCCGUGCCAUUCGUGAAUGGGUGGACGGUGUCGAGGCCAACGCCGGUCUGGCGUCCAUGAAGCUGGCCCCGGUUAUUCUGUUUGGAGACUUUAACUCGCCUGCUGAAGAGGACGGAUACAAGAACAUCACUGCUGACAAGCCUCUCGCUGGUGGUGUUUCGUCGUUCACAUUCCUCGACGCCUACGUCAAUCUCCGGGCUCGCGGACCCAACCAACUUGGCGUCCAGUCUCGGCCGUAUGGUCCGAACAAGACGUACACUGGAUUUGACGCUCCUGGCCGAACGACAACGACGCGCAUUGACUUUAUCAUGCUGGCCGCAGAGGACAAUCCAUCUUUGGCAGAGGCAGCACCUUCUUCCUCCACCCGGUCGGCUCCGGCUGAAGGCCGUGGAGGUUGGCGUUUUACUCAGUACGCUGUGCUUGAUAAUUGGGUGGAGGAAAGCGAUGCGGACGGCUGGGAAGGCAGGUGGAGCGACCACCGCGCUGUCAAAGUCACCGUGGAGCGUGACUAA